AUGUUUUCCUUUCUUCAAGGCGUGACCCCUCCUCGGCGUCAUACAGCCAACAUCUCUACUAUCGCCUACGAGAAUGACACUUCCUCACAAACCUUCCACGGGAACAAAGCCCCAUACUUUGUUACCCACUCCAUCCCAAACAAAAAAUCCUUUCUCAAUCCACCAACUCACCUACAUCUCUUCCAAACGGAAGACUUCCUAGUCGAAAAAGGAACAGGAAUCUUUUACCAACCCACAGCUUCCAACCCAGCCCAUCGCAAAGUAGUGAAAACAGCCGGAGAUCCUCCAGUUCAUCUCCCAGUGGGCACAUACCAUCGUUUUGAAAACGCUUCAGAUAGCGAAGAACUGGUUGUGAAAAUCCGUAUUGAUCCGCCAGGAAGCAAUACAACCAACGAAGAGCAGUUUUUCCGGAAUUUCUUGGGGUAUCUGGAGGAUUGCAGGAUUCAUGGGAGUCAGCCGAGUAUUUUUCAGCUGGAGCUGUUUUUGUACACUGUUGAUGUAUCUUUGGCGAUUCCUUGUCCCGGAUCGGACGGUGUUAAGUGGUGGGUUAGUAGGAUUGUGAUGUUCAUUUUGGGAGUGGUAAUUGGGGAGUGGAUGUUGGGGUAUAAGAGAACAUAUCCAGAGUAUUAUUCUGGGAAGAAUACUGGUUGUUGA